UCUCUCUCUCUCUCUCUCUCUCUCUAUACAUACACAUGUACGUAUCUACAUAUCCAGUUGUUUACACCAUAUAACAACUUCCAUUUUUAUCAAACCACUUCUUCUCUCUCUGUUCUCAUAUCUUGAAGCUAAACACUCAUUUGGGUAUCCUUUUUUUUCCCACUUUAUUAAUUGUAUAUAUGAUUCCCACAAAUCAAGACCAACACUCUGUUCUUGAAGCUUGUGAUUUACAGAACUGAGUACAAUUGCUUUCACCCUUUUUUCCUGCAUUCAGUCUCACUUUUGUGCUCAUUCAUGCUUAAAUUGUGAUUAUUAAUUUGUUUAUAAAGAUGAAUGUUAGAGUGAAGACAAAUGUCAGGCCUAUGAAACCUUUGUUAAGAGAUCCUAAGGUGAUUCAGGUUGAUGUGCAAAUGCAAAUGGAGGGUGAGAAAACAAGCACAACCACUAGCAACACUUGCAGAAGAGGUUCAGUGAGAGAGAGAAAGAUGGCAUUGCAACAAGAUGUGGAGAAACUGAGGAAGAGGCUUAGACAUGAAGAGAAUGUUCAUAGAGCUUUAGAAAGAGCAUUUACAAGACCUUUAGGAGCUCUCCCGCGCUUACCGCCUUAUCUCCCUCCUACCACAUUGGAACUUCUAGCAGAAGUUGCUGUUUUGGAAGAAGAAGUAGUUAGGCUUGAAGAACAAGUGGUCCAUUUUAGGCAAGGCUUAUAUCAAGAAGCAGUUUACAUUUCAUCUUCAAAAAGAAAUCUUGAAAAUUCACUUGAUUUUCAAGAACCAACAAAUGGUGAAAAUAAGGCUUCCAAGUUAUCACCUCAAGUUGAGACCAAUCCAUCAACACCCAUUGAAAAUUCACCAGUUGUUUCAGUUUUGGUGGGCAAAGAUAACCAAUCGUCAAGUGCCACUAAGAACAAGUAUUGUUCGCCGAAUCCUAAACCUCAAACCGUUGAUACAUUAGCAAGAAGAUCACCGCUUGAUUCCAAGUCACCAAGGAAGCGUUUAGCUCCGAAAAAACUACAGUUUGAAGGUAGAUUAUUGGAGGCUGCAAAUGUAGAUGGAAAAACCAAUUUAAUUCAAGAAAAAGGAUUGUUAUCGUCGGGAGAUGAUGAUCCAAACAAGAUUUCCGAAAGUAUUUUAAAAUGUUUGAUGAACAUUUUUGUGCGAAUGAGUUCAACAAGGAGUAAAAGUAUGACGGAAAUGUUACCUUCAUUGACAACGAAUGAAACCGUCAAAGAAACAGAAUGUAAGGAUCCUUAUAACAUCUGUUUUGAAUACGAGAAAAGAGACGUUGGCCCGUAUAAAAAUUUAUAUGCUAUUGAAGUAACUUCCAUCAACAAAAACCGAACCGCGAAUUCUGUGUUUUUGAUACAAAGAUUAAAGCUCCUACUUGGAAAACUUGCAUCAGUCAAUUUAACAAGUCUUUCUCACCAAGAAAAACUUGCAUUCUGGAUCAAUAUUUAUAAUUCUUGCAUGAUGAAUGCAUUUCUUGAACAUGGAAUACCAGAAAGUCCAGAUAUGGUUGUUCAACUAAUGCAGAAGGCAACAAUAAAUGUUGGAGGACAUUAUUUAAACGCGAUCAGCAUCGAGCAUUUCAUAUUGAGACUGCCUUUUCAUUCAAAAUAUACUUUUGCAAAGGGUGUAAAGAACGACGAGAUAACUGCAAGAAGUGUUUUCGGGUUGGAACUAUCAGAACCAUUAGUAACAUUUGCACUCUCCUGUGGAAGCUGGUCCUCACCUGCUGUGAGAAUCUACACGGGAUCUCAAGUUGAAAAUGAACUUGAAAUCGCCAAAAAAGAUUAUCUACAAGCUGCAAUCGCUAUUUCAACCGCAAAGAAAAUGGUAGCAAUUCCAAAGCUAUUGGAUUGGUAUAUGCUUGAUUUUGCUAAAGACAUGGACUCAUUGCUAGAUUGGGUAUGCCUUCAAUUACCAAAUGAAAUCGGAAAACAAGCAAUGAAAUGUCUCGAGAGAAAUAAAAGCGUACCACUUUCACAUUGUCUUCGUGUUAUCCCUUACGAGUUUCAGUUUAGGUACCUUUUGCACAAAUAAGAUCUUUUUCGCGGGCCAGUCUUAUCAAGAUUCUUGAGUUUUAGAUUUGUAUACAGUUUGAUAUAAUACAAUGGAAGUACAUAUAUAUAAUCCAUCCACCCCCAUUGUAAGUAUUUUAUUCAUUAAGUUGGUAUAAUAUUUAUAUA